AAAUUUAAACGUCGGUAAAAACGGUUUUGCACGGCAGAAAUGGGUGGAAAGUUAUCCGGAAAAUAUUCAAGCCAGGAUGAUCGAUUCGCUAGAGAAUGGAAUGCAGAAUCAUCGAGACUGGUUGAGCAAUUUACAAGAGAAUGGAAUACGAAACUAUCGAGACGGGUUGAGCGAUUCACAAGAGAAUGGAACGCGGAAUUAUCGAGACGGAUUGAGCGAUUUACAAGAGAAUGGAAUGCGGAGUCAUCGAGACGGGUUGAGCGAUUCACAUUAGAAUGGAAUGCGGAAUUAUCGAGACGCCAGAGACUGGAUCAACAAUUUGCUGAUAAUGCUACUAAUACGGACUCUAUGCAAUCGUCAAUUUUCACCAUCCCUUUACGCACAAGACAUGUUAUGAUACCAGAGGAUGCUUCUGGUUCUACACCACCUAGAGCGCAGGCAAAUCCGGAAUAUGCUGCUGAAUUGUCUGGAUUGGCUUCGGAGGAAGAUGACUCAACUCAUUAUUACUAUUAUGUAUAUGGUGACGGAAGCAUAGAAAGAGCAGAGACCAGGGCAAAGGCUUCACAUUCGAACGACCAUUAUUUGACACCAGUAUUCACGGAACACCCACGUUUGUCUUUAACCAAUGGGAUUAUAACAGAACAACCGGAAGAGCAACCUUAUGCCCACAUACGACUACCUUCAUGCGAGCAACAAAUAGAUCAGCCUGCUCCUUUACCACCUCCUUGUCAGAAACAGCCUUGCAACGUAUCUCUUCAACCAGACGAACAUAGCGAGGAUGACAACGAUCUACCUCCAUACAAGAGACAAACAGCCGUGUCUUCCAAUAUUUCGGGAUGUUCUCCGAAAACGACUGCAAUAUACGAGGGGGAUUGCAGUGAUAGGGCUAAUCCUAAAUGCGAUACUAGCGUUGAGGAUGCAGAUAAACUAGAGUCUGGAUUCUCAUUGACGCAAAUUGUCAUCGAAAAUACUGGUACCGCCAGUAGAGAGUUCGAAGCUCAGCAGUGUCGAAAACAGGAGGCAGGUAGCCUGCAUAGAUACGAGGAAAUGAUUAAUCUUUGUAGACCAAUGAUAGUGUCAAAUAUAAUUGUUAGUCAGGUCCUUCCUCAUCUGCAAACGUGUUUAAGUCAAGCUGAUAUCAGUGCCAUUAAAAGCGAACAAGAUCGACACAAAGCAGUAGAGCUUUUACUAGACAAAUUACAAGCAAGCAAGGAACCUGGGAAGUGGAAAAUGUUUGUUCAAGCAUUGGAAGAGUGUAAAUAUCAGACGAUAGUUGAUGCUCUGAGACGAAAAGGUGCUGCAGACAAUAAUGAUCAUAUAAAGAUCUUGCAUAUGUUUUCACCUAAACUUCGAGAAAUGAUUGUACCAUCUGAGCUAACAGUUGAUCUCCUGAAGGUAGAUGUCAUCAACUCGGAUGACAGAAGUGAAAUACACCAGAAAGAACGUUCCGCUGGCGCUGUCGCGGCAGCUGACAUCUUGCUUGAUAGAAUUCCUAGUAAACAUCCGAGGUGGUUUGAUAAUUUUCUCGAAGCAUUAAGAAGUGUCAACCGUUCUGAUCUGGCAGACAUGCUGACAGGCUAGUUAUCUUCAUCUAUUUCAUUCACCUGUACCAGACUAUCCAUUCUCGUAUUCAUCGUUUUUUAAAAUGAUAAAACUCUUACAUAUUUAACAAUUGGUCUUUAUCGAUUUAGCCCAGUCUUAGUAAACUGGAAUACAGGUUGGUUUAGCGACCACAAAGGUCAAAGUCACCCAACCAAACCUUUUUCUUUUAAUUCAAUAUAGUUCUUAGUAUCCCCUUGAAACACUUCUGAUACACAUUGCCCUCUUCACAAGCGCGUACAACAACACCAGACGCCCCUGUCAAAAUUUAACAAAGCCAACUUAUAAAUGACCAUGCUUUUCCUCAGCCAAAGUUUAAAAUAAAAUCAUUAGGUAAGUGUGAUUUUGAAAAUAUAAUAUAGACAUACUGGUUGUAGAACGUUUUAUCGAAGUUUAUCAUUCUUAUAACCGGAUGUGUAAUUUUGUUCAUACAUUCUUGUUGUAUAUACUUUCUUCUAUAUUGGCAAACAUUUUAUUUUACUUUUUUACUAGAAAUACCCAGAUUUUAUUCCCGGUGAAGAUAUUGAAAUGGCAUCGGACUUCUAACUUAUAAGCCGCAAACAGUUGAUGAUUUUUUCUAGUGUUAUAACAAAAUGACAAUGCAACAUGCAUUUAGAAAAAUAAAUCCACUAAUUCCAACAAAUGGAAAUAAUAUAACAUAUAUCUCUGUAUCAAAUAUUUAUAAACGACUUCUAAUUGAAAUAAUCUUAUAGCACUAUUACAAAAAAAAGACAAUAUUUUCAAAUAUUUCCUAUUCUUACAUUAUUCAAAACUCUUAGUAAAUACUAAUGACAGGUGUUCCCUUUUAGCCUUAGUUAAAACGCGCAUUAGUUGAAGUAUCUCAUUUUCAUCAAGGAAAUUGUAGA